GCACACGUAUUAAACUACCUGUAGGGAGCCCCAAUCAAGCUGAGUAGCAACGUGACGUCACAAUGUAAAUGUUACUAAGGAAGUCGCUUUAACGAGAGCGAAACGAGAGGCUACAAACGUUUGUUAUAAAGUGCCUUAAAACAGUAAGCGAUGGAUACAGCAUAUCUAAAGAAUAAUCUCGGUAGCUGCUUAACGCAAUGUCUAGCAGAAAUAUCAGAAAAGCGACCACGGGAUCCAAUCGAGUUCAUGGCCCAGUGGCUUUACAAAUACAAAGAAAAUGUCUUGUAUAUCAGUAAGAAAGAGGAAGAAAAGAGUCAGUUAGAGAGAGAAAAGGAAGAAUUUGAAAAAGAACAAGAAAUGUUGGAGAAAAGGAAGGAAGAAGCUGAUCAGAUCAAGAAAGAAGAUGAUGAAAAGAGAAAGGCUGAGGAAGAGAGAGCAGCCAAGGAAAGCUCCUCCCCCACCAAGCUACCCCCAGUGAUGGAGGCCCAGGAACCACCUGAGGAGGAAGGCAAGAAAGCAGCCACUGAGGCCCCUGCAGAGGGAAAACCAGCCGAAGAGGAGGAAAAGCCAGCGGAGAGCUCAGAGGAAAAGAAGGAGGAGGAUUCCAAGGAGGAGUCGAGUGACCCCGCCCCCACAGAGGAGGAGACUUAGUCAGCCCUGCCCCGCCUAGCCUUGUCCCUAUUACUGUGUUAUAAGCUUCCGUUUUAUUCACCAACAACACUGUGCCAGAUCCCCGUUGACUGUAAUGUUAUUUAUCAUUGUGUUGUGUUUUAUCAUGAAUGACUGUCUGUCUGUGUAUGUGUGAUUCAAGCAUAUCUGUGAUUAUCAUCUUAUUGUGUGAAGAAAAAAAUGUUUAUAAAACCAACAGUGCAGUAUUUUAUAA